CGACAGAAAAAGAAAUCUUACAUGCAAAGCCUUUACAGGGAAAGUGAGCAAGUUCGACAGAACAAGAAAUCUUACAUGCAAAGCCUUUACAGGGAAAGUGAACAAGUUCGACAGAAAAAGAAAUCAUUCAUUAAAGAGCGUUAUGCAUCUGAUCUAUCAUUCCGGCUCAGACACAGAGAACUGAUGAAACAGCUGAUGAGAGACUAUUACAAUAACAAUGAUCUCUUUAGAAGGAGUCAUAAUUCUAGACGUUCUUCGAAAAUAAAAAGAAAAUACAGACGGAUAAAUUUACAUAUGCAGAGGUCAGGAGGUGAAACACAAAGUAGAGUGACCAACCAACCAUUAUCUGUUUGUGAGCCAGAGAACCCACAGAUGAAUGAAGCUAUAGCUGUUUUCAGAUCAAAUAUUAAAUCUGGACCUACUUAUGUGUGCACGUCGUGUGAGAAAGCUUCGUUCCGUAACCAGGUGAAAGUCUGCAACAGGUCAAAUUAUACAAAGUAUCCAUCUGUAGUUGCACAAUGUCUGACUGGAAAGUUUCUACACAUCUGUGGUGAAAGUUGUAAUGAACCAUGUUCUGUUCCUUUGGAGAGGAAGCAUGAAUGGAUCUGCCACACGUGUCAUGACUACAUUAGAAAGGGCUCCAUCCCACGCCUGUCUGUUGCAAACCAAAUGGGUCUGUCAGAGAUUCCACAGGAGUUAAAAGAUCUGAACAUCUUGGAACGACAUCUGAUUUCUAAAUCUAUUCCUUUUGCUAAAAUUGUUCCACUCCCAAAAGGCCGUCAGAGACAGAUAAGAGGUAAUUUGGUGUGUGUUCCAUCAGAAGUCCAAGAAACAGUGGAUGCUUUACCCCGACUGAGAAGUGAAUCUCAAGUGAUGAGGGUCAAAUUAAAGAGGAAGCUGUGUUAUAAAGGCCAUCAGCUAUUCCAGACUGUAACCUGGUCUAAACUCAUGCACGCUCUGCUCACAUUAAAACAGAUUCACCCACAGUAUGCAGACAUAACCAUCAGAGACGAUCCUCUGCUAUGUGAUCCAACAGGUGACAGCAGUGAUGAUGAUGAUAGCAGCAUGGACUGUGGUGAUUAUGAUGAAGAUGACCUAAUGCAGAUUGAUAACUUUGAGCAAAAUGCAGUGACUGAAGCAGCAGGUGAUGAGGAAUCUGAACAGGUCAUGACUUCUGAUGACGAUGAGCAGAACGUACAGAAUGAAGCAGAAUCCCAACAGAAUGAUGAAGGACAAGACUCAGAUCUACCUAAUGGAGGUUUUGCUCUAGAAUCGUGCCUUCAGCCUCUAGACAUUGCAGAGGAGAUCCUGUGUUACAGUGACAGCACGUAUUGUGUUGCACCCGCAGAAAGAAACAGUCCAGUCAGCUUCUUCAGGACACCCAAACUGGAGGCCAUGGCUUUUCCUGUUCAGUUCCCUACUGGUCAGAACACUCUGGAUGAACCGAGGCGUAUUAAAGUCACACCCAGCUCUUAUUUCAAGUCCAGAUUGUUUCACAUUGAUGACAGAUUUGCGAGAGACCCCAACUACUUGUUUUUUGCACAGUUUGUGACUGAGAUCCACCUGGCUAACUCCAACAUGAUCAUACAGCUGAGGAAAGGUAAAACUAUGAGCAGAGAUGGGCGGAGAAUAACUUCUUCUAUGUUACAGAAUAAACAUGAGGUUCAGAGACUGGUGAGAAAUAAAGAUGCAGUCAGAUUUAUGCAAACUCUGAGAGGAACACCAGCAUACUGGCAGAAAACCACUAAAGAUCUGUUUGCCAUGAUCAGACAGCUGGGAACUCCAACGUUCUUUUGCACCUUCAGUGCUGCUGAGAUGAGGUGGAGGGAAAUCAUCACAGCUAUAAAGAAGCAGCAAGGUGAACAGGUUGAUUUUGAAAGUCUUGACUGGUCCUCAAAAUGUGAAAUCUUGAGAUCUAAUCCAGUUACAACCAUGAGGAUGUUUGACAAACGUGUGGAAGCUCUGUUCAGAGACCUGCUCAUGUCCCCUGCUCAGCCGCUUGGUGAGAUUGUCGACUUCUUCUACAGAGUUGAGUUCCAGCACAGAGGAAGUCCUCAUAUACACAUGAUGCUCUGGGUUCGUGGUGCUCCUGAAUGUGACAAAGAUUCUGAUCAAGCCGUCUGUGAUUUUGUAGACAGAUACAUCUCAGCACAGCUGCCUGACCCAGAAACACAACCAGAACUCCACAAGAAAGUCACAGAAGUUCAGAAACACAGCAGGAACCACACCAGGACCUGUUUUAAGACCAUGAACUCUGGCUGUAGAUUUGGGUUCCCUAAACCACCCUGCAGGAGAACAAUGAUUAGCAGAACCGAUGAGGAACAUGACCAAGCUACUGCUAAACAGAAACUCAGAACUUUGGUGAGUCUGCUCAAUGAACCAGAAGCUGCAUCACUGACUUUAGACCAGAUUCUGUCUCGAUGCACUUUAACCAUGAGUGAGUAUGAAGAAUGCAUCCAGUCCAUGAACAGAAAGACGGCCCUGAUCCUGAAGCGAGAUGCAAAAGACAGCUGGAUUAACAACUACAAUCCACAUCUGCUAGAGGCCUGGGACAGUAACAUCGACGUGUCUUUUAUCCUGAAUGCAUAUUCAUGUGUGGAGUAUCUGACCAAAUACAUCACAAAGAAGGAAAGUGGGCUUUCUGACUAUCUGUCUACAGUGAUCAGUAGCUCUAACAUGGAUGGAGUCAAUGAGUGUGAGGAGAUGAAAGCAGUCAUGCAGGCUUAUUCUAAGAAAAGAGAGAUCAGUGCUCAGGAGUGUGUGACUCGUGCUUGUGGUCUUAAGAUGAAAAAAUGUUCACGCAGCAUUGUUUUUGUCCCCACUGAUGACAACCCAGUGAAAAUGAGCCGUCCCAUGUCUUUCCUGGAGAACACGACACCAGACAGCUGCAACAUCUGGAUGACAAGUCUGAAUGACAAAUACAAAUCCAGACCUGAGACUCCAGAGUACGAGGAAAUGUGUUUAGCUGAUUUUGCAGCAACAUGCAGGUUUGUAAGUGAAAAAGAAAGUGUGCGCAAAGAUGUCCUCCCUCUCCUCAACCAGCUGGGAUUUGUGCAAAGGCGUCAGAAUAAUAAGCCUUGUGUCAUCAGGUUUUAUCACUGCUCUAAAGAGAAACACCCAGAGGAGUUUUACGGAAGACUGCUGAGACUUUACCUUCCACACAGAUCAGAGCAGGAACUGAAAUCACGCCGAUUACAAACUCAUCAGUCCUACUACAAGUCCGGCUGGGUCCGACUACCAGGUUCAGAACAUUCUGAGUUUGUCAAGGACAUUGUCACCAGAAACCAGGACAAAUAUGAACGCAACAGUAAAGAGAUCGAGUCUGCUCUUGAGGAAUUUGAACGGGACAGAGGUGAAGGUUGUGAUGAGUGGUCUAAUCUUGCUCCAGAAUCUGAAGUUGUGAGACUGCAGUGCGAUGACCAGCCAGAGGACCAACAGGAGGAUGUUCCAGACUACUGUGCUCCACCUGCAGCAGAAGUCAGAGCUGUCAGAGAAACACCUGCCAUCGAUCCCACUGUGUUGCGUCAGAUGUACCAGAAUCUAAACCAGAAGCAGGCCUGUGUGUUCUAUGCAGUCAGAGACUGGUGUAUUAAACGUGUGUGCGGCCUCAAUCCAGAUCCAUUCUUUUUCUUUUUGGAGGGAGGUGCUGGUACUGGCAAAUCCAUGGUUGUCAGAUGCAUUCACUCUGAAGCAUCCAAGAUUCUGAGCAGACUGCCUGCCGAGGAUGUUGACCUUUCAAACCCAACUGUUCUGCUGACGUCAUUCACGGGAACUGCUGCGUUUAACAUCGGUGGCACCACACUGCACUCGCUCCUCAAACUACCCAGAAGCCUGAAACCUCCCAUUCAAGGACUUGGUAACCAGCUAGAUGAAGUCAGGUGUGAACUUCUGAAUGCAGAAAUCCUUGUUAUCGAUGAGAUUUCCAUGGUUUCAAAGCCUCUGUUUGCCUACGUGGACGCUAGACUGAAACAGAUUAAAGGAAACCAGAGACCAUUUGGUGGAAUGUCAGUUUUAGCUGUUGGAGAUUUUUAUCAGCUACCACCAGUUCGACAGUCUAAGCCCCUCUGUGUCUAUGACCCAUCAGACAUUGACCUUUGGCAGCCAUAUUUUCAGAUGGCAAGUCUGACUGAAAUCAUGCGGCAGAAAGAUGAUGUUGCCUUUGCAGAGAUGCUGAACAGGAUCAGAGUGAAGGAAAAGACAGAUGAGCUCUCUCCAGCAGACAGAGAUAUGCUAUCACGCACCAUCACUGAACCAGAACUCUGUCCCUCUGAUGUGCUGCACAUUUUUGCCACCAACAAGGAUGUGGAAGCUCAUAACUCAGCAACACUGGAACGGCUGCACGAUAACAUCAUCACAAUAGAUGCAGAUGACUUCCAGAAAGACCCACGAACUGGCAGAAUGGAGAGGAAAGACACACCUUUGAAAGGAGGAAGAGGUGAAUUGUCUGACUGUCUGAAAGUGGCUGAAGGAGCUCGAGUCAUGCUGACGAGAAACAUCAAUGUCCAGGAUGGCCUGGUUAACGGUGCUUUUGGUAAACUGGUUAGAGUGAUAGCUUCUGAAAUAGACCCCCAGCACAUUUUUAAACUUGCUCUGAGAAUGGAUAACCAGUCAUCUGUCAGGAGCAACCGCCAUGGAGCUUCUGGGUCUGAUGAUCUUGUUUACAUCGAGAGAGCAGAGGACAGCCUGAAGCAGAGAGGAGGUGUACGCAGACAGUUUCCUGUAAGACUGGCUUUUUCCUGCACCACUCACAAAACUCAGGGUCUCACGACACAUGCAGCUGUGGUCUCACUGAAGAACAUCUUUGAACCUGGAAUGGCAUACGUGGCUCUGAGUAGGGUGACUAGCCUCGGUGGACUGUAUCUCCUGGGUUUGGAUGAGAGAAAGAUCUACGCCAAUCCUGAUGUGACUGCAGCACUCCAGAGCAUGAGACAGGCCAGUGUGGAUCAAAUGAUGCCUCUUCUUCUGGUGAGAGAAGCAGUAAGCAGACCUGACACUUUGACCCUAAUUCACCACAACACAGAGGGUUUACCGGCUCACAUCAAUGACAUAACGAGUCACCACGAACUGUCUUUAGCAGAUGUGUUGUGUCUGACAGAAACACACCUGCAAGGUUCUUUUGUUGCAGAAAGUCUUGUUCUGGAUGGCUACACCAUGUUCAAACGCAGCAGACACCAGUCCUACACCAAGUUUCCUCAGAUGGCCUGCAAGAGUGGUGGUGGAGUUGCUGUUUAUGUGAAAAACCACAUUCACGUCCGUGAGAAACGCUAUGUGCACAAUGUGACUGAUCUGGAGUUUUUGGUUUUGAAGGUUGAGACACCGUUUCCAGCUCUGAUUGCAGUCAUUUACCGACCUCCAGACUACAUCAUGAGACCAUUCAUGGAGAACUUGGUAAGCCUUUUAGACUCUCUAGAGGUCAUGGACUGUCAUCCAGUCAUUGUAUGUGGCGACUUUAAUGAGAAUCAGUUUUCAGGUGGAAGGAAGCAGAUUGUAGAGCACUUUCAGUCCAGGGGGUAUGCACAGAUGAUCACUUCCGCCACCACAGACAAGAACACACUGCUUGACCUUGUUUUUAUCUCUCAGCCCCAGAGGAGCUUACAUUGUGGUGUCCUGAGAACCUAUUAUAGUUACCAUGACCCGGUUUUCUGUGUGUUGUCCUCUAGCCAACCAUGAAGUGAGGUGAGUUUUAAUCAUGGACAAGUGGAGUGACGUGUUAAUGCAGAAUAAUGUUUUAUUUUGAAAGUUUGAUGAUUUAACAGGAUUGAAUCAAAUCUUUUCUAGUAUAAAGUCUGUCUGAAAUGAGAAUCAUGAAGUUUCACUUUGCUUUUAGCCUAUAUUUAUAAUCACAGUUUAAAGCAUAAGUUAUUGGAUGACAGGUCAUAAUUAUGGAACAUGACAAUGCAUUUUUCUGAUUGUUCUAAAUAUUGUAAAUCACUACGUUGUUCAUGUAAUUACAUUUUCUACCUUUUUAUUACUAUGGAUUCAUGUUUUCUACUACAAACAAUUUUAUUCAGAACAUUUUUACAGAUAAAAUCUAUAUGAAAACUGAUUUAGACAAUGGCGGUCUGUGCAUUUACCUGGGUGGGUGGGUUAAGGGAGGGUAAAUGCACAGGUCCGACCAUUGACUGCAUAAAACCAGCCGGCACCCCACUAAAUAGGGGGAAGGGGUGGUUGGGUGGGGGUAAAUUUUCUUUUUUUGUUAGGUUUUUGGAAGAUUUAUCUCACACAGGAGACAUGUUCUCCUGUAUCCUUUGAUAAAACACCUUCAAGCUUCUUCAACAUCAGCACAACCCAAAACAUCUCAGCAUCAGCUUCAUGAACUGAUGAGUCAAACCUGCACCGCCAUUGCUGGACCACACAGGGACAUCACAAAGACUGCUGUUCCACGAGCUCUCAUCCCACAGGAUACAGCUCCUGUCAACCACCACCUGACCUUCUGGCUCUAAGAGCUUCACCUUGCUGCUGCCACUCUCUACACCCGCUGUUCUGAACCAUCAAAGACAUCUCUGCCUCCUGCCAGGGUCCAGGAUCAUCUCAGAUGAUGGAAGGUUUCUUCUGCCUUCAUGUUACAUCUGAGAGCACUGAACCAACUGAAACAUUUAUCAACACUCAGUGACAUCUGGGUGUGGGACAGACCUGGUCAGGAGAUGUUUAUUUUCUUUUGCAGGACUCUAAGUCUCUUCCUUGAUGCCUGCAUAUCCUCCUCUGAGAUUCCUCUGUGUCACCGUCUGACCUCGUCUGACUCUGGUUGCUGCAGAGAUGCUGUUCAUACUCAUUUCCUACUUCACUUUUGCAGCAUCAUGUCUACCUCAUGAGGCAUAAAGCUGAACGUCCUGUGCUACAGCAGCAAACACUGAAGCCGCAGGUUGUUGCACCAAUAAACAUCCACUCUGGCAUGAUCACACUAACAUCUUAACACGGACACUCAUUCAGCUGACGGUUUCCAUCAGCAGAUCCAGGAAACAGGAAAAUGUCCCAUAUGAUCAAACUGGAACUCAGCACUCAUUUCAAGGCUGUCUCCACUUUAUUUUGUCACCUGUCAGUUAAAUGAACCAUUUAUCUAUAAUAUGUAUCUGAUACAUUAUAGUUUUCAUUUGCUUUAGUUUCUCCUCUCUGUUAUUAUUGUUAAAGGAUAAUGUAGAACUACAAUGAUGGAGGUAGCCCUGUGACAGGCUAACCCAGUGUUAACACUGACCAGUAGGCGGGUUUAGGCAAGGCAAGACUCACACAAACAUAUCAUAUGGUCACCUGCAUCAGUGUCAGGUGCUGUCUGAUCCAAACCCAGCAAUCUUGUAAAUAUAGAACAUCCCUACUUUAAUACUUUAUGUACUGAAAUUGUUAAAUUCCAAACAAGUAAAAAUGAGUAAGCAGCUCCACUUUCUAUCUGCUCUGUGCUUGAGUGAGUCCUGUCUGGGUGUGGGGUGUCGGCUGAUAUGUAGGUAUAGGACAGGUGUUCCACAUAUGUGCUGUGACACCAGGUAAACUCAUACAACACACCUCAGUGUUGAGAUGGGAGUCAAACUGAAAGUAUUCAAAGAUGAACCGGUCAUAUCUAGUGAAGUGGGGGCUUUUUGAUAAAAAAUCUGACCUCAGGUCAUACAGGUGACCAGGAUUCUAAGAUACAUUAAACCAAACAUCCCAAAUUUAGGUAUUUAUCAUGAUUUUGAUCUGUUUUAAACUCAUUUUAAAGAACAGCUGUGGUAUCAGAACACAUUGUGUAAAUAUUUUAGCUUAAGGUUAACCAUUAAGGUUUAACUAAACCAUUUUUCACUUUUACAUUUACAAGUUUUAUAGAAUACAUUUUAUUUUAUUUAUUUAACUAGUUCUCUGACUCACUAACUGCAACCAAAGCCCUGACAUGUUCUCCUCUUUCCCCAAAAAAUCUGAACUAGGGAGCAUUUAUAAAACUAUGACAAACAAACAAUCCUAAUUCAUGAAUUACUGACCAAUUUAUUAACUCAGUUGACAGUAUUUAAGAUAAUACUGAAUUGUGCACACACACACACACACACACACACACACACACACACAAACAUUAAGUGGAAUGUUACCCUACGUACAGUGUGCUGCAUUCACCUUUUAAGUUUUUAGUUUCCAAGUCAGAAUAAUGUUUAAGUUUUCUUUUUUGUGUUGGAUGUCAGUGAGCUCAUGCCUUCAUCAUAAAUAUACUUUGUUCUUAAAAUAGUUUGAGUUAAAAAAACAAAUGUUGUGUUCAGCUUAAAGCAUGUCUCCACAGUACAAACAGGUGCCGUUGUCAUAGUUAAAUUAUAAUCAUAAUGAUUAUAAUUUAAGGAUGGUUGGUACAAGCUUCCAUAUCUGUAAUUUUAUAGUCUUUUUUAUAACUGACUUUUCUUUUAAUCAUUUUGACCUCUGAGUUUUGUGUUUUAAGUCCUUCUUAUUAGUGAAACCUUCUUUCAAACAUUCAUUUUCUAAAACAUUUUUUUUCAUUAUUUUAACAAGGUUUUAAAAUGUGCAUUAGUGUUAAAUGCUAUAAGCUUUUGUCAUUUUUUUCUUUAAAUUCACUUGAAAUUCUUUUAAUUUGAAAACAUGAAAUUAUUUUAAUUAUUUUUCUCAUAUUUUAAAAAAAUUAC